CAUCCCUGUCCCGGUGCCGGUGCCGGUCCCGCCGCGAUGUGAGCGCUCCCGCACCAUGUCCCGGCAGCGAGACCUGGACAAGCUGCUGUCGGACCUGCGCUCCUUCCUGCUCCUCCUGGACCGCGAAAGCCUCAGCGCCGCAGCUCGGGCCAAGAAAAAAUCCGUGUCCGACCUCCUGGCCCGGCUGCAGGGCCCGCCGUCAGAGGAUGCAGAGUACAUGAUCAUGCGCUGCCUCUCGCCCUCCCCGGGGACCCCGCAGGGCCGGACCAGCCCGGGCUCCAGGAGGGCGGAUGCAGCGGGAGGCAGCGCCCUGAGCCUGCACGGAGCGAGCCGGGCGCCCCCCCCGCCCCCCCCAGCCGAUGACUCCUACGAAGACGCCGAACCCCCCGGCCACGGCAGAACCGGCGGUGGCGACAGCGACAGCAGCCACUACGAGUCGUACGGAGAGGAGGAAGAGGAGGAGGAGGAGGAGGAGGAGGAGGAGGGGGGGGUGACGGACCGGGCCCAUUACCUGCGCUGGCCAUCGGCCACCAGCGGCGAGGCCGAGCCCCCCGGGCGCCCCGAGGCGCAGCUCUGCGGCUUCCUCUGGAGGAAGCGCUGGCUCGGGCAGUGGGCGAAGCAGCUCUUCAUCGUCCGGGAGCACGUGCUGCUGUGCUUCAGGUGCGCCGCGGACCUGCAGCCGGUGCUGGAGCUGGACCUGCGCGGCUGCCGGGUCACCUACAAGGACAAGCGGGGCAAGAAGAUGCCCCACGCCCUGAAGGUGACAGGGACGGCGGGAGAGGUGCUGGUCAUCGGCUUCCAGAGCCGGCAGCAGGCUGAGGACUGGAGGAAGGUGAUCGAGGAGGUGAGCAGCGAUGCCCCGAGCGGGCUGGCAGUCCUCAGUGUCCCUGCGCCGCCUUCCUCGAGGCUCAGCGGGCUCGGCAAGGAGGAAGAGGAGGAGGGGAAUGGCUCCCGGCAGAGCCCUGCGCGCAGCCCGCGGCCCGGAGAGGACGCCAAAGGAGGGUUCCUGGCGGUGCGGGUGCGCGGGCGCUGGCAGCGCCUGUGGUGCGCGGUCCGGCACGGAGCGCUGCGCAUGUUCCCGGAGCCCGGCGCUGCCCAGCGCCCCGUCUGUGCCCUGCGCCUGGACGGCUGCGAGGUGUCCCCCGGGGCGGCCGCCGGCUCCCCGCAAAACCUGCGGAUCCGCAUCGCCCAGCGCGGCCGGGAGCUCGCCCUGCUGCAGGCCCGUUCAGACGAGGAAAGGGAAGCCUGGCUGAAGACCCUGCAGGCCAGGGGAGGAGCGGAGCCAAAGAAGGGUGAUGGGCCCCCCCCGAGACCCCCCAGGCCGAGCAGCCGCCCCGCUGCCGGGGGGCUGCUGCUGCGCCGUGUCCCCACCCCCAACGCCUACAUGGACGACCCCUUCGGGCAGCCCCCGCCAGCCGAGACCCCCAAACAUCUCUACUCCAACGCGGAGCGGCUGCAGCAGCUGCAGCAGAGCCUGGACCGGCCGGGGCAGCGCAGGAGACCCGCGUCUGCCCUGCCCACCUGUGCCAGCAGCCACGCCCCGGGCGGUGCCCGCGCCUCGCAGGCAGCUCCACCAGCAGCUCUCCGGGCCAGGCCUGCCAGCGCCCAGCUGCCAAAGGACAGCCCCAGCGUGCCGGGCAGGGAUUUCUCCCGCUCCCAGCACUCCCUGACCCUGCUGGAGAGGAAGGGGACGCGGGACGGGCUGGAUGCCCUCAUCGGGAAAAGAGCCUUUCCCAAGCUGGAGGAGAAGGUGGGGCAGCUGGAAAGAGGCGUGAAGGGCAGGCUGAAAGCCGGCUCCGAGAUGAACCUGCUGGCCCUCGGGAAGUCGCUGAAGGGUCACAUCGCUGCCACCGCCAGCUCGGCUGGCUCCGAGGGAUCGUUCCUCAGGCCGCUGCUGAAGCGCACCACGUCGGCCAGGAGCGCCCUGAGGCCGCCACCAUCGCCGGUCACGGCGGGGAAGGGAAAUGUGAUGCAGAAGACGAAGGAGUGGGAGAUGAAAUCUGCCAUGUGAGCACGCAGCGGGAGUCUCCCAGAGACCAUCGGGCUGCACGUGGAUCGUGCAGGACCAGCCUGGAUUCAGCCUGGAAUUCGGCUUUUUAUCCAUCACUAGCAACGCUACGACUACGCACGUCUAUUUUUUAUAUGCAGAUGUAUCGAUAGACACAUAUCAGCUCUCCACCUCUCCCCGCUGCACCCCCGCCCUUCCCUUCGUUUUUGGGGUACACAAUUGCCGGGUACACCUCCAGGAGCUGCUGGCUCUGUCCCCAGUGUGGGCCCAGUCCAUCAGCGGCACCCCAAUCCCCCUCCAGCACCCCGAAUUUACAGGGAUGGGUACGGAUCAACCCUGGGGGACACAGAUUUGGGGGGGCAUCCGAUUGGCCAUUCCCUGGAGUCAGCGGGACCCGGGCUGGGCCCUGGGCGCUUUUCCAGCAGCUGUGCUUGUCAGGGCUUGGUUUUAAUUGGAGAAAUGUUUGGGUUUUUUUUUUUUUA